UAUUUAGUCUGUGGAACAUCUCAAGCUUGUUUGUUGUGUGGUGAUCGAUUCUGAAAAUCUUAUAUUUACUUCUGUUAUUAUAGCAUCUUAUUUUGCAGUUUGGUGUUUUAAAUACUAUAACUAUAUAAAAGAAGAAUUAAUUAGACAUCAUGGCUCAAAGAGAGCGUCGUUCAAAUGCGGGUAAUCGCAUGGCGAAACUGCUUGAUGAAGAGGAAGAUGUUGAUGAGUUCUAUUCAACAACUUACGGCGGUUUUAACGAAGCUGAGGAAGAUAAUGAUUACCAACAAGAACGAGAACAGGAUGAUGUAGUGGACUCAGAUUUCAGUAUAGACGAGGCUGAUGAACCUACUUCCGAUCAGGAGACAGAGGAAAAACAGAAAAGGAAAAGUGGUACUAAAGUAUAUAAGGACCCGAACAAAAAGAAAAAAGCACCUGGAGCUGCCCCAACACCAACAUUGGGAGACAAAGUGAAAAAGAUUAACGAAAGGAAAGUAAAGGAACCAAAACCAAAACAAGAAAAGAUCAUUAAGGCAGAAAGAGCACAUGAUUCAUCUAUAGAACGAAAAUCAAUCAGGCAAAGUACAGCAGUAAAGUCAGCAGAAACACAACAACGGAUCAAGAUCAGAUCAGCAUUGAAAAAGAAAAAACCAAAGAAAGUUGAGGACAAGAUGCCGACACAAGAAGAGUUAUUAGAAGAGGCUCUUAUUACUGAGAAAGAGAACCUCAAAAGUUUAGAGAGAUUUGAACAAAUCGAGUUGGAAAGGAAAAAGAUUCGGCCUAUUAAGAAGACUAUCACAGGACCCGUGAUCAGAUACCACUCGUUUGCUGUUCCUAUAGAAGAAAUCCCACAAGUGGAUGAUAAGCUAGGCAGUCUGACACCACUCGGAGACCUCAACUUAAGCGAUAUUAUCAAAAGCGAAGAAGAAUUACUUGCGUCUGGUGACAUAGACAUGACUGAAGUGAAGACGGAAACUCCAGAUGAGAAUAUUGAGAAAAUGGAGACUGAAACUAAACUGAACAUAGAUGUUAUUGGUCCAGACGAAGAAGUUAACAUUGAAGAUGUUACUGCUAAAGAAGAAAAACCGUCGAAAAAGAAAGAAAACACAACAAGAUACCACGAGCGUACCCUACUGUCAUUUGAAAACGAUAUUAAGGACGAAGCUUUCAACGCUUGCUUCCCCAAGUCCAAACCAAAGAAACGGAGACAGAUGCUGUGUGCUGUUACUAAGAGACCAGCUCGCUACAUCGAUCCAAUAACCAAACUCCCCUACAGAAGCGUCGACGCUUUCCGGAUCAUUCGAGAAGCUUACUAUCAACAGUUGGAAGCGAGAGGCGAUCGCAACGACCCGCAGUUGGCUGCGUGGCUUGCAUGGCGGCGGGCGGACCAUGCUAGCACAUACGUACAAAUACAUAUUAAGUAACGAUCGAGUAAAAAAAAAUGGUGAAAAGCAGAGCAACAGUAAUGAAUUUGAUAACAUUUUAGGCACAAUUAGGCUUUCUUUAAGUAAUAAAGCUGAUUAUUCUGGUAGGUAGAACAUAAAAUUUGGCAAAAAUAUGUCUGAAACAUUAAUAGUCAACUUCCCUUAUAGCCACGAUAGUAUUUAAAAGCCAAUUUUAAAUAGAAUGAAAAUAUAAGUAAACCCGGUAACUAAGCAAUGAAAGUCAUAAUAAACCUAAAGCAAUAGA